UUGAAUUUGGGUAAAUCACGAUAUGUCGUCAGUAUACGAACAACCAGCCAUCGCACUAGUGGCACACAUAGCCACAGCGUUAGACGGUGCAGUAGUAGGCGUUGCGCUAGCUUGUAUUGCAGUCAAUUCCAUUCUCAAUCUCAGAACGACGUCGUCCGCUUUGAAAAAAAUCAAAGCUUCGCCGUCCGUCACCGUCUCCGAUCUCCGCUCUCUUCUCUCUUCCGAUGAUGACACUAAUUCCGCUGAUAAUAAACUCGUAAUCGUUCGCGGUGUUGUUGAACCGACAUCUGCUGCUACUUUGCUUUCUCAUGUGACCAAUGAGGCCGCUGUUAUUGUUCAGAGAACACAAUUGUGUAUAUACAACCAAUGGAGGGGAUUUUUCGGAUGGAACACAGAUUUUAUGUCGUUGGUUGCAAGACACUGGAAAGAGCAAGAAGCUUCAUCGUUAAGAACGGUUCCUUUUAUCCUUGUUGAUGGGGUUAAACAGCCAAAAUGUGAUUAUCUGACCGUAAACCUGGAUGGCUCAACACAUUCUCUACCUCUUACAACUGUAUACCAUAAUUUGCAGCCUGUUCAUGCUUCUGCUUACACUUUCUUUCAGGCAUUUUUUGGUCAUGAGUACCCUGUUGGAGUUGUGGAUGAGGAGAAAAUUCUACCUGUUGGAAAGGAAAUCACUGCAGUAGGCCUUGUCAGGUUGAAAGACGGAAAUCCUGAAGUGAUGGCAAGCAAGGAUUUACCGUUUUUCCUAUCACAUAUGAGCAAAGAUGAGAUGGUAGCGGAACUUGACUUCAAGACAAGAGUUUUAUGGUGGAGUAGUAUUGUGAUUGGUACAUUUGCAACUGGCAUCCUAGGUUAUGCUAUUCUAAGGAAUUGGAACAGAUGGCAAUUGUGGAAACAACAAAAACGAAUUCAGCAACAAACUGCUAUCGAGGCGGAGGCUAUGGAGACGGAAGCUGAAGGGAGCGGUAGUCUUCCAGAAGAGCAGUUGUGUGUGAUAUGUUUACUGAGGCAACGACGAUCUGCAUUUUUACCUUGUGGGCAUCUAGUCUGUUGUCCAAAAUGCGCUAUGUCAGUAGAGCGAGAGAUGUCUCCCAAAUGCCCUGUUUGUAGACAGAUGGUCAGCGCUUCAGUCAGAAUCUUUGACUCUUGAGACAUGAAUAGAAUUAGUAGGGAUCGAUCACUAGCAUUGUAGUUCCCCUUUGUUCUGCUGAUGAGUUUGUUUGUACUUUGUAGACUAGAGAUGUAUCGUGCCACUUUCUUCAUCUUUUUAUAUCUGUGCUAAUAUAUUAGUUUUACUUAUCUAUAA